ACUGCCGCCUGGAUGACGGAGUCCGGGAUACGACCCGCUGUGCCGCACACAGCGGUAGCGUUCUCCUCGUGGAUACCGGCCAUGCAAUUUCUACGCAGUGCCACCGUCACCACGGAGACAGAGAACGGCACCAGGCGAUGCUUCGUCUUCAGCCUGACCCCAUACGACAAACUAGUGUGCAGCCAGCCGAGAAGAUACCACGCUGUGAGCGACAUGCAUUUCGCCAAGGACGAAUACAUGCAAGGCGUGUACGUCUACGAUGACCCGGGCAUCCUCAAGGAGAAGGUCCUGAAAGUGAGGCGAGCCAUGAACGGGACGACUUACAAUGUUGGCUGGGCCUUUUACGGCCUCGAAUUCGAAAGCGACGACGCCGGCGAAUGCGGCCACCGUUACGACCGCAUUUCUGCUGUCAAGACGGCGCUGCGGACCCUACGGGCUUUCCGCACUGCGUAAUUAUUGCGCAUUCAAUU